AUGGAACGUGAACAUCGUAGAUGGAUGUACGAUAGGAAUCAUCCUAAUCGUUCUGGCUUAAAGGAAGAAUUUGUUGAAGGUGUUAAAGGAUUUAUUGCUCAUGCAAAAAUACUUCCUGAAUUUCGUAGUGAAGGAACAAUUAGGUGUUCUUGUGUGAAAUGCAAGUGUACAAAGUUGUUGCAACCGGAAAAUGUUAAAGUUCAUCUUUAUAGCAGGGGGUUUAGGGAAAAUUAUUAUGUGUGGACUGUUCAUGGAGAGAACUAUUGUAGUGUUGGUGGUGUUCAUUUUCAAAAUCUAGUUAGUGGUGAAAGAAGUACACAAAUGGAGAAUAAUGUUGAGAAUUCUCGAUUACAUGAAAUGGUGUCAGAUGCUUUUGGUUUUUACCCAGGGGUUCAAUCACAACAAAAUGUUGUUGAGCCUCCCAAUGAUGAGGCAAAGCGCUUCUAUGAAUCAUUAGAGUCGGCUAGUCGUCCACUCUAUAAAGACUCAAUACACUCCGAGUUGUCUGUUGCAGUUAGAUUACUAACUAUUAAAUCAGAUUGGAAUAUUUCUCAAGCAGGCAUGAAUGCUAUAAUUGGGCUUAUGCGUGAAGUUAAUCCAAACAUUAACUUACCCAAUAAUUACUAUAAAGCAAAGAAAUUGGUUUCCAAGUUAGGACUUUCCUCAACAAAAAUUGAUUGUUGUGAAAAUGGUUGUAUGUUAUAUUAUAAAGAUGAUGCGGUUCUAGAAGCGUGCAAAUUUUGUGGACUGUCUCGUUUUAAGGAAGUCACAAAUGCCAAAGGUAAGAAAGUUGCAGUCAAAAAGAUGCAUUACUUACCAAUUAUACCUAGAUUAAAGAGGAUGUAUGCAUCAAUGAGUGCUGCUCCUCAUAUGAGGUGGCACCAUGAAAAUAGAAGGCCGCCUGGUAUUUUGUGUCAUCCUUCGGAUGGAGAAGCGUGGAAGCAUUUUGAUAGGAUGUUUCCAGACUUCGCUAAUGAACCAAGAAAUGUUAGGUUGGGUUUGUGUACAGAUGGAUUCACUCCAUUUUCUGUCUCUGCUGCACCAUAUUCAUGUUGGCCUGUCUUUGUUACACCAUAUAAUCUUCCACCUGAAAUGUGUAUGACAAGUCCAUAUUUGUUCCUAACUUGCAUAGUUCCGGGUCCAAGUAAUCCAAAGGGUUUAAUUGAUGUAUAUUUGCAGCCGUUGAUUGAUGAUCUAAAAUUAUUGUGGCAUGAAGGUGUUGAAACAUACGACAUAUCAACUAAGCAAAACUUUAGAUUGUGUGCUGCUUUGAUGUGGACUAUUAAUGAUUUUUCUGCGUAUGGAAUGUUGUCUGGGUGGUCGACUGCUGGAAAGUUAGCUUGCCCCUACUGUAUGGAAGAUACAAAAGCAUUCACUUUGAGAUAUGGAGGUAAAAACACAUGGUUUGACUGUCACCGACGGUUCUUGCCAAUGGAUCAUGAGUUCAGGAGAAAUACUAGUGCGUUUAUGAAGAAUCAAACAGAUUAUGAUGAUCCACCACCAAUCUUGUCAGGUGAGGAAAUUUGGGAGAGGGUUAAAGAUCUACAUCUGCUAGAAUACCUGAACAAGACAAAAGAUAACUUGAAGGCCAGGAUGGAUUUACAGGAAUACUGCAGGCGAAGAGAAUUAGAACUAAAAGAAGUAAAUAACAGGAUGGUGAAGCCUAAGGCUAGUUAUACAUACAGUUUGGAUGAUAAACGAAAGAUUUGUGAUUGGGUUAGGAAUUUGAAGAUGCCCGAUGGGUAUGCGUCAAACUUAUCCAGAGAUAAGCUUGUUUUUUAA